AUGUCAGGACCAGAAGAGUGGGAAAGUGUUGAUGAUUUCUCUGUCUCUUCCUUACCUGCUGAGGAAUCAUCUUUCACCACUCAAAGCCUUUAUGCAUCUAGCUUAUUACCUGAAAUUAAUGAAGAAAUUCCAAAUGAAACUGAUGUGACAAAAAAUUCUUCAGCAGAAAUUUUUCAAAAAGUGGGAUUCGUCCAAUACAUGAAAUCGGAUGAAAUGUCUAGGGUCAAACAUGUUUAUUCAACAAGUCAUAUAUGGAUGCUUGGAGUGGAAUAUCGGUUUAAUGGUAAUUAUUUCCAAGAGUUCGUAACAUCGCAUACCACCCAUCUUAUGCAUACAUUUUUUAAUGCAUCUAAUGCAGAAGACGCCGAAUUUGUCAGCCUUCCAAAACCCGAUAGGGGCGAAAACGCACGAGGAGGUCGGGCGUCGUCUUUGCUUAACUUCAUGUUUGGAUCAGAAGAUAAUGAUACACCUUCACAUGAUCGGUACCAUAGUGAUGAUUGUAUAAGAACCCAAAAGUCGCAUCCUUCGUCACAGAAUGUGAUGGAAACAAAUAAUAAAGGAAAAACCAAUAUUCCAUCAAAUGGAUCCAACAAUGUUAUACAACGUUUAAGGACUUUAUCAUUUUCUCGCAGAUCAUCCAUAUCAGAUCAGCAACUUCCAACAGUCUCUCAAUCAACACCGAAUGUUUCUACUGGACUAUUAAGCCCUCAUUCUCGUCUGGGCGGAAAACGAAUGCGCUCUUUUUCAUUCAGUAAAAGAGCUGAAGUACCAGGUAUAUUAAUAUCUGAAUCAAAACCUUCAGCUACGCAAUUAGAAGAAUUACGAACGAAUAACGAUGUACGACCUCCCAAUAUGGGGAGAUCAUUGAAUACUCAACAUUUUUUGCAAAAUGUAGAAUCAGCUCCUUCGUCUUUGAACCAAGAUUACGAAUCUGCAAGUCAUAAUGAAGGGUUAGCACCGAAACCUUCCAAAAGGACACGUAGAAUGACGUUCACCGGAUUUUUCUCUGGUAAAAAUAAGUUUGGCGGUUCAUCAUCAUCGCAAAGACUUCAUCCGCACCUAGAAAAAGGGGAAUUGGAUCAGAAACAUCCGGUAGACGAUGCCACAGCCGGUUAUGCUAUCUUAGGUGAUGAAGCGUAUUCUCCAGUAAAACGUAAAGGAGACAUUAAUCUCGAAGAUAUAGUCUAUAGUUCGGAUGAUGAAAGUGAAGGCAACAUUUCAAUCGAAACUAUAACUCGAGAGUCAACAACGACGCAAAAUGAUGUUUCUUCAAAUUUUGAAAUUAUAAAAGACAUUAAUAAUAUAGAAGAUAUAUCGAAUGACAGUCAAUCUCAACGAACAGAUAUUGGUUCAAUGAGGUCAUCGGAAUCCUUUAAAUUACCAGUUCCUACUAGUCUUUAUAAACCGGAUUCUCUCGGACCACUGACACCUAAUCAGGAAACAUUGAUGGACUUUAUUCUUGAUUUCCAAUCAAGGAUAUAUUGUUGUUAUCGUAAAGAAUUUCCACCAAUCGAACCAUCCUUUCACACAACUGAUACAGGUUGGGGUUGUAUGCAUAGGACCGGUCAGAGUUUGUUGGCGCAAGGGUUCUUGUGGGUUCUUUUGGGGAGAGAUUGGCGUUUGCACAACACGCAGAUGGAUUCAGACCGAUUGAUAUAUCGAAAGAUUUUGCGUUGGUUCAUGGAUGGUCCAAUGCCAGAGCAAUAUUAUUCCAUUCAUAACAUAGCUCGGGUUGGAACUUCGUUAGAUAAAAAGAUUGGGGAUUGGUUUGGUCCAGCCAUUGUGGCACACGCCUUAAAGAAGCUGUCGUUGGUACACAAAGAGUGUCCAUUGGUUAUUUAUGUCCCGACCGACAACACAAUAUAUAAAAAUGACAUUUUUGGAAUUUCUGAUCCUGAAAAUUUAUUUAUUGAUCAACGACAAUGGAAACCAGUUCUUAUACUGCUCUCUGUUAGGUUGGGUACUGAUAGAUUCAAUACAAAUUAUUCAGAAAAUCUGAAGAAAUUGUUUAAGCUAACGCAAUUCUUGGGAAUUGCGGGCGGAAGACCUGGAAGGUCGUUGUAUUUUGUCGCCGUUCAGGAUGAUGAGCUUUAUUAUCUCGAUCCACAUUUUGUUCGUCCCGCCAUAAAUCUUAAUCAACUCAUGGAAUUUCCAGUUGAGGAUUACCAUUCAACUAUUGUUCGCGCAAUGAGUGUUUCUGAAAUGGAUCCAUCGAUGCUCUUGGGAUUCUUAUGUCAAAGUCCUCAUGACUUAGAUAACCUUUGUGAGCGUAUUAACCAUGAUAUGGAUGCACAAUUCCCAAUUUUGACGAUUCAGAAUUCUAAUUCGGCGCGUCAUUCCUGGAUAAUUUCAAAACCUAAUGAUAUUGUUGAGGAAAUUGAGGACAAUGAUAUCGAAUAUCUAAGGGGUAUCUUUUCACGCGAAGGUAUUGUUAAAGAGGAAGAAUAUGAACUCAAACUUCAAAACGCAAAUACACCUAUCCGGCGAGAAUCCGUUGCCAGUGAAGAAAAUUAUGAAAUUUUAUAA